CUCCCGAACGGGACAGCCAGUCGGCAGUGAACGCCGCACCUGAACGGUGUGCAGUAUUUUUCCUCGUCGUCUCGCUCGUUUAAUUUUUCCAUUUUUAACUUUUUUUUGCUGCGAAAUCUUUCAUUUUCUGUUGGAAAAAGGAAGAAGUUCUAACGACUGAAUCAGGCGUGACUAUUGUCUUAUUCUCUUCACACACAUUUAUUACCUGUCGACACGAUUCGUUUCCGUUUUCGCCGCUUCGAUUGUUGCUAUUUUUAAUCGUUUCCCAGCAAUGAAUCAUGUGUGCUGUGCUUCGACGACCCCCCAGCUGUCACGAAAGGCCAAUUGACUCACCAUCAUUUUUUUAAAAGAAAAGAAAAAAGGACAGAGAUUUCCAAAACUAAAAGUAAAAAAAACUGUUACCCAAUCAUCUCCUCGCCUUACCUUCUCCUCCCUCCAAAUUAAGAAUCAGGGUUGUUUCAUUAGCAAUUCAACAUUUAAAAAUUCAAACAACUGGUUUAUUGUUGUUCUUUUUCUUUUCUUUUUUUUUUUAACGUUGGGAUUUGAAUUUUCUGUUGAUUUCCUCCGGCGAAUUACGAGAAGAGUCGGAAUAGAAUGUUGUUCGGGUCAAUUUGAAAGACUACGGCAACGCCGCGUCGAAUUCCUAAUGAGCUGCUGUUGAUGGAAGGGGUCGAAGCAAAGCAGGCCCAAAGGCUCUAAAGCAGAAUGCAUUGAAAUUCCUCAACCCAGCGGAUUGGUGUGGUGUUUUUUUUUUUUUUGUUUGUGUGUGUGUUUUCAAGAAGAAUUAUCUCUGUGGGAAGUUUUUUCAUUUAUUCGAAAGGAAAAUGUCAAAAUAAGACCAUGACUGCACCAAGUUACUGUGGAGAUGAUGGCACAAUUUGGCACUAACCGGACAGGAAGAAAAAUAGAAUCGAAAAAGUCGUAAAGUCAAGUGUAUUUCGUGUGAGGGCGGCGUGCAGGGCGUCCCAUCUGGGCACGUCUAAUUCUUUUUGAACUAAACGAAACGAUACAUCGAUUAUCAACGACACAAACAACCACAAUGUCCAAAGCUGAUUGCAGAAAGUUUGCUCCCAAUGUUUUCAACAAGAAUAAGUGUGCCAGCUGUUUCAAAGCCAAAGAGGAACACAGCGAUGAAGCUUUGGAGAACAAUCGGGCUAGCCGAAAAGUAGCCAAAUGCGGUUACCUGUUUGCCGCACCCGACUGGGAUUUCUCUAACCCCAUCAACCGGACUAAGCGAUGGCAGCGAAGGUGGUUCGUCCUUUACGACGAUGGGGAAUUGACCUAUUCCGUCGACGAGCACCCGGAGACGGUGCCGCAGGCCAUCAUCGACAUGAAUCGUGUUGUGGAAGUGUCGGAGGCGGAGGAAGUGACGGGCCACCCGUUCAGCUUGGCUUUGACGGCCGCCGAUCGUGUCCACUUUCUCAAGGGGACAUCGCGUGAAGAAUCCAAGUGGUGGUUCGACAUCCUCUCCAUGUUCCCCAGGACCAAUAUGAAGACCGGCCGUCAUAAAAGGAAUGCCACCUUCCCCGGAAGUAAAGCCACAACGAUUAUUUCGACGCAACAACAACAGCAACACCAACAGUCGACGGCACCCAAUUCACCUUGUUUAAGUAAAGGUGUUUCGAUCCAGCCGUUCCAGACGCCGCCCAUGUCCCGACCGCGUUUCCACAGUCACACGGAAUCGCUGGUGCGAAGUGGCGCACAGCAGCAACAGCAACAACAACUCGGCGGUCUCGGACUGCAGAACUUCAACUUAUUGCCGGUCAAGGACACCAACGGCCGGAACGGGAGUAGCGGCAAUAAGAAAAUUGCUAUCGACGAAGACGACAUUAUUCCCGUCAAGGAAGCGCCUCUCAGUGUUUCUCCGGCCGUCGUCGCCGCUUCUCCGUGUCCCCCGCCAGCCGCCAAAACUGCCGCCGAAAAGGAUAUUGUUAUCAUCGAUAAAGACUUAAUCGACGAUAAAAUCAAAACGAGACGUGUCAAUCGGCGCGAAAUACGAGGAGCCCGAAGUGCGCGUUGCAAUUCGGAGAUUUUGAGCAGCCUUAUUAUCCCGCCCGGCAACAAUAACAUGAAUAACGGUAACAACAGCAGCGCCAACAACACGGCUGGCAAAGGUUACGCCCUGGUUCUGCCCAGCUCGACCUUGACGGCGCCCAUAGGCAGCAAGAACAAUGCCGGAUUGAGCAGCAGCACGUCCGACAGGCCACGAUCAGCUUUAUUGCCGCCCGUCCCGCCGACUACCGUCGCCGCCAGCCCAGCAGCACCGCGCUCGCCCGUCAUCAACAACCCAGCCAACCCACACAGCCCGUUCUACCUGUACAUGGCCGACGUCCCGCGCAACAGACAUUACGAGAGUCUGGAGAGUUUGCAACACGCUUUCACUAACAUGAAUAGUCCGUCAAGAGCGAGGCACAGCAGCUCGAAGGACAUGCCGGACUCGGCAGGGUCCCAUAAAACGGAGCCGGUAACGCCCGUUAUGGCUGGCAAGGAUCGACCCAUGAGCAUGCACGAACUGGGUUCCGCCCCUGCUGACCGUUUACGCGGACUCUCCUCCUUACAUGAAACGUCCUUAGCUCGGCCAACUAGCGAACGUCAAACUUCUAAAGCAAGUCGUCAACUCGAAACGAUCAAUCCGCCCGGAGAAACGGUACGAGGAGAUCCAGAUGGAUGCGGACUAGACCCCGUGACGUCAUUCUGUUCGCCAUUACCUGACCGCCGUUCCACGUUGACAUUGACCUCCCCAUUGUUGGACGACAGUCUCAGAAAGGGCUGGCUCCUUCGCCUUUCUUACGGGGGAGAAUGGAAGAAGUAUUGGUUCGUUUUGAGGUAUAGUUUGUUAUCGCUGUACCGCGAUCAUUCGGCCGAGGAUGCUGGAUUGGCUGACGAUACGAUCGAUAUGGCUCAAAUAGCCAGCGUGGAGGAAACCGAUUCUGGCCGCAGUUAUGGCUUUCAAAUGGCGGCUGUAGAUGGUAAAAGGCAUUCGCUGGCGGCUCUGACCUCGGGCAUCCGCUCUCAAUGGAUUCAAGCGCUUCGCAACGCCUGUAAUCAACAAGGGAAAAUGGCGCAUUUGCCGACGAAAUUAGUUUCGUCGGCCAGCGCCGCGGCUCUCAAGGCCGUCAAGGAGAACGUCGAUCCGGCGGGAAUCGGCCGAAGAGAAGUGGACAGUGAAUCACUGGAAUCGUAUGACGGUUCGACCACCGACGCAGACGAAGAAGACGAUAACGAACUGGACGAUGGUGACGUCAUUGUCCAUCAGUCAGAAGACGAGGAAGACGGGAAUCUACCUGGAUCGGAACCCAUUCCGUCGCUUCCGCCCUCACCUCCGUUGAAUCGCACUGCAAUGUCGAAGGUGAAAGAGCGGGACCGAUCAAGAUCCAGCUCGAGAUCUCGAUCGCGGCAUCGUUCCGCCUCGCCGUCUUCAGUCAGAACCAAUAGCCCACCAGCUACAGCGCUAGUGUAUUCCGUUCCACCCACUUCAGUCAGCGAAUCGAACGACGGCCAUCUCCAGGCGCGACUCGAUGCGGCCAAGUGUGAAAUUACGCGCUUGCUCAACGAACGCCGUGAACAGGAGAGGGAGGCCCAGCAGCAGCUGGUCACGCUCAACGCUAGGCUGGCCGAGAAGGAGCAACAAAUGAGCCGCUUGGCCGGCAUCCUCGAAGCCACCAAAGCCGAAAGCCAGCGGCAAUUAAUAGAUAUUCAGAAUCUAUUGGAUAAGAAGGAAGCGGAACUAAGUUCGUUGAGGAAUGAGACGGCCAACGAUCGGACCGAGAACGCCGAGUUGCGUGAUAGUUUGAAACGCGAACGUUCCGAAGUUUAUAAAUUGCGGGACGUUGCGCAGGAGCUGCGCUCUCUGCUGGACAGCCGCAACGACACGCUCAAUCAGCUCCAGAGCAAGACGAACGAAGUUGAGGUGCUCAACCGUCGGCUGAAAGCGACGCAAGACACUCUGCAUCAGACGCAGGAGCGGCUCCAGCGCGGCAUCGAUGAGAACGAAGGACUUUUCGCCCGGCUAAGACAGAUGGAGGAAAACAGCGGGAACGUGUGCGGUAGCGCUGGCGGAGCCGAGGGCACUGGAUCGUCUUCCUUGAGACGGAGUCGAAGUUCCACCGGUUCUAUGCCGCUCCCCCUCCAGCUGUGCAAUCGAAACCUGCUGGGAGGGAGCAGCAAGAAGAGUUUGCCCCGGCUGGACUCGCUCAGCGACCUGAGCAACAUCGACUACGAUCUCGACCUGGAGGCUUUAGAUCGAGAGAGCCUCGUGGACGAGUACGUCGAGUUGCGGGCCCGUUUCGAGCGUUCCCUAGUUGAAAUCCGGGCCCUGAAGCGCGAACUGCGACAGACGCAGUCGGCGAUGGACGGCUUCGAAGUGGCCCAUAUGGCUCUGAAACAGCAAUGGCAGGCCAAAGAAGGAGACUACACAUCACAGCUGAGUCUAAUGGCCGCCCGAGUACAGGAUCUGACGGCCAAAAUGGCAGCGGCCGACAAACAGGUCCGCCAGCUCAAGAUCAAAGUGGCCAAAUCAGAGAGUCGUGAAAAGAGGAGGACGCAAUCGCUCAAGGGCCGUGAAUCGUUUCAACUUUCUAAAGAAGUCGAGGAUAAAUUGGUCGAUUUGGAACAUAAAAUGGCCGCUCUAGGCACUGGAACGUCAUCGUCUUCAGCCGAAAAGGAUACGCCACCGUCGCGCGCUCGUAAAGGAUUCGAAGAGCCGACUAAAUCGUUCCGUAUGCGGCGCAAGUCGCUCGAGGGCGGCGCCAUUGCUGGUGGCGACUCGGUCAAGAUCCUCUUGCGAGUAGAUCAGCUGGAACAGCAAGUGGCCGGCCGUCAAAGCAGCAGCAAGAAGACGUCGUCCAUAGAGCGUAAGAACUCGCUGCCCGGCAGGUCACCUCAAGGGAAGCCACCGCGUUCCAGUCCCUUAAAAGCGGCUAGCGGAACCGCGUCGACAGGUCUGUCUGUCAAACAAUCCGCCAUGCCUGACGGGCCGAUCACUCGUCCGUCCAAAAUUGUCCAAGAUCUGGAACAGUGCGUUGUCGAGAUGGAACUAAUGUUCGACAGUAACAAGGUGGACGGUCACAGCCUCAUUGGCAAAAUUCGCGCCAUCCAGCAAGAAUUGCUCAAUCCUGACGGAGUCAGAGUAGCCGUGUCUUCUUCGGAUGGAGCUUGUCAAGUGGAAAAGAUCCAGGACCUCCUCAGAGUGCGGCUGUCGGAGCUCAAAGUCAAACGAGACCAGGUCCGCAGCCUGGGCAAACUUGACUCGGCCGCCGUCAGCCAAAUUGCCGCCGAGAAACUGGCGCUGGAACUGUCGAUUGCCGAACAGCUCUCGAUGGUGACGGCCGCCAAACUGCCCGAAGAGAGGGAAAUGCUCCGCGAUGCCAACUGGACCAUCCACAAACUCGGCUGGCUCAAACGCAAAUUGAGCGGCGAAAAAUCCGCUCCGGCGCUGGACCAAUCGACCAGCUUCGGAACGUAUUGCGCCGCUUUGGCUGAACGCCUGUCCGCUAUCGCCGCCAUUUCCAGCACUUCCCGUUCUCAUCAGGGAGCCGAGGGUGGAGUCGAUAUGGCCGCCAAUCAUUCGAUGCUACCGACUCGGGUGGCCCAACAUUUGGCCGAAGAGGAGCGCGAUUUGUCCAUCCUAUUUUCCAAAUACAAAGAGGAGAAAUUGCAGGAACUUGCCCGUCUGCUGGCUCACGAAACCCUUCGCAUGGGUGACGGACCGAGUGCCGACAAUCAGCUCGUCGAAGAAGUCAAGGUGCGAGAAGCUUGGCUGGAAGCUCAAGAAGUUGCCAACAAGGAACUGGUAGACAGCGAAGUCCGUCAAGCGAUGACACGUAUGGCUGAAGUCUUUGCCGAAGACGUGGCGGACGAGGAGCGAUUAGCAUCCGCUCUACUCCUUUGGCCGGCCCAGCAACUGCAGUACGAACAGCGCUGUCAAGUCGUGGAGGAAGUUCUCCGAUCGGAGAUGGAGGAAGCCGUUUUGCUGUUGAGCAACGCCUACGAGCGCAGUUUGCAGCAGAUGAAGGCCCAGACGACCAUCCUGCAUCCGCCUGAAGGCGAUCUAGAGGCCGCCCUCAGCGAGUUCGCUGAAGUAGUGGCCCAUAAAGCCCUGAUAGACGGGCACAUCGCCGUGCUACAAGGCGAGACGCCAUCGCAACCGCUAGCGACAUCCACCGGAUCGGAUUCGAGCAUCGUGCAAAAUGUUAGCAUCAUCCAGGAGACGGAGGCCAUCGUCAGCUCGCUGAGCAGCACGGAUUUCUUCCCGGCCUCGCUGAAUUGCGGCGAAGUGGCCGCCAUACUGCACCGCAACCUAGCGGAGCCUCGCAGCAAGCCGGAAGAGUCCAUGUCAGGCAAUGGCAACAAAUCGUCUGCCAUCAACGAGGAAAUGAUUCGACAGAAAUACCAGGCCGAAAUUGAACAAUUGCGCGCCCUGACGGAAAAGGGCAUGUCGGCCAUGGAGGGAUCUCACAAACGUAUUAUCGCUCAGAUGGAAGAAAAACACCAACAAGACCUGAAUCGGCUUCAGGUUGAAAAAGAACGGGCUCUGGCGGAAGAGACACAGGCCACUUUGGCCGCUUUAGAUGCGAUGCGCAAGGCCCACCAAGCCGAAGUGCAGCGUGAAAUCGCCCGUUUCAAAGAAGAGUUCCUCAGCCAAAUGGCGGCACGUCAGGCACCCGCCGAGCGCGAAAUGACACCCAACCGGGAACAGGAGAUGGAGGAAAUCCGUCGGCAGAUCCUGUCGCUCAGCGAGAAAUAUUCGCACAAGUGCCUCGAGUCGGCCGCUCUGGAGCAGAAAGUCUCGUCACUCAGCCAACAGGUGGCCGUCUCCCAGCGGCAGAUCCUCGAUUUGGACUCGCGCAAUCAGCAACUCCGCUCCUUCUUGGAUACGGGAACGGGCGUCGACCAUCAGCCGGACGCCAGCCCGGCCGAAGUGCUGCGAGCCAAGGAGAGCCAGUUGCUCAUGUUACAGGAAGAUGUGGCCGAACUUCAGUUCUGCCUACGAGAGUCGCAGUCUCGCGAAGAGGAGCUGGCUGCCAUGGCCCGAAACAUGGGCCAGUACCUGCGAACGGAACGAACGUUGCAGUCGGAUGAAGUGGCCGCACUUCGGCACCGAUUAGAAGAUUUGCUCCUGCUCAGCGGACCUUCCAGCGGAGGUAGCGGGGGCAAUAGCGCCUGCAACAGCAUCCUGGGUCGGAAGAACAGUUCCAGCGACGACAAGAGCAGUCCGUCACGCGAAUCUCCGCCGCGCGAAUCUAUCCGCUUUCACUACGUCCGCUCCAAGGACUUGACCCGCUCACCCAGCUGCCCCCGAUUGUCGGGUUUUUUAUCCCUGGCUCCGAGACUGACGGCCCGGCCAGUGCUCUCCGCAAAGGAUCCUUCACAGGCCCUCAACGGAUCGAGCACGACCACCCACUAACCUUGGCAGUCACGCCUGCCUUGCCACGUCAAAGCCUCUCGCAGGAUUUGACUUACAAGGUGACUGUCAAACUCGGCCGGCCGGCAGUUUCGGAGAUCAGUUGCUUCAGCGUCGUGGACAAGGGAAUGCUAACCUAUUCGCUGCCACUAACAACCAACAUGUCGCAAUACUACCACUCGUUCAGCUUUGUCGAUAGACGUCCAGCACCUACACCUUCCUUACCUGCCCGUAAGCGGAGUGUCGAUGCAACUCCUCCGUCCACUCGUCCUACCCC